ACUGUCCUGCAUUUGGAGGAUAUCUGUACUGUCCUGACAUUUGGGGGAUAUCUGUACUGUUCUGACAUUUGGGGGGAUAUCUGUACUGUCCUGACAUUUGGGGGAUAUCUGUACUGUCCUGACAUUUGGGGGAUAUCUGUACCGUCCUGACAUUUGGGGGAUAUCUGUACUGUCCUGACAUUUGGGGGAUAUCUGUACUGUCCUGACAUUUGGGGGAUAUCUGUACUGUCCUGACAUUUGGGGGAUAUCUGUACCGUCCUGACAUUUGGGGGA